GGCAUGGCAUCCAACAGCAUCUUCGAUUCCUUCCCGACCUACUCGCCGACCUUCAUCCGCGACCCGAGCACCAGCCGCCGCUUCACACCUCCCUCCACGGCCUUCCCCUGCGGCGGCGGCGGCGGCGGCAAGAUGGGCGAGAACAGCGGCGCGCUGGGCGCGCAGGCGGCCGUGGGGCCCGGCGGGCGCGCCCGACCCGAGGUGCGCUCGAUGGUGGACGUGCUGGCGGACCACGCGGGCGAACUCGUGCGCACCGACAGCCCCAACUUCCUCUGCUCCGUGCUGCCCUCGCACUGGCGCUGUAACAAGACGCUGCCCGUCGCCUUCAAGGUGGUGGCUCUGGGGGACGUGCCAGAUGGAACGGUGGUGACCGUGAUGGCCGGCAACGAUGAGAACUACUCCGCUGAGCUGCGCAACGCCUCAGCCGUCAUGAAGAACCAGGUGGCCAGGUUCAACGACCUUCGCUUCGUGGGCCGCAGUGGGCGAGGGAAGAGUUUCACACUGACCAUCACCGUGUUCACCAACCCCACACAAGUGGCCACCUACCACCGAGCCAUCAAGGUGACCGUGGAUGGACCCCGGGAGCCCAGACGGCAUCGACAGAAGCUGGAGGACCAGACCAAGGCGUUCCCCGACCGCUUCGGGGAGCUGGAGCGCCUGCGCAUGCGGGUGACGCCGAGCGCGCCCAGCCCCCGAGGUUCGCUCAGCACCGCCGGCCCCUUCAGCAGCCAGGCCCAGACCCCCAUCCAAGGCACCUCCGACCUGAACCCUUUCUCCGACCCCCGCCAGUUUGACCGCUCCUUCGCAGCGCUGCCGACCCUCCCGGAGAGCCGCUUCCCCGACCCCCGGAUGCAUUACCCAGGGGCCAUGUCGGCCGCCUUCCCCUACAGCGCCACACCCUCAGGCACGAGCAUCGGCAGCCUCAGCGUGGCCAGCAUGCCGGCCACCAGCCGCUUCCACCACACCUACCUCCCACCGCCCUACCCGGGGGCCCCGCAGAACCAGAGCGGGCCCUUCCAGGCCAGCCCUUCCCCCUACCACCUCUACUACGGCGCGUCCUCCGGCUCCUACCAGUUCUCCAUGGUGGCCGGCAGCAGCAGCGCUGGCGACCGCUCGCCCACCCGCAUGUUGGCCUCCUGCCCCAGCAGCGCCGCCUCUGUCGCCACCGGCAACCUCAUGAACCCCAGCCUGGGUGGCCAGAGCGACGGCGUGGAGGCCGAUGGCAGCCACAGCAACUCGCCUACUGCGCUGAGCACGCCCGGCCGCAUGGACGAGGCCGUGUGGCGGCCCUACUGACCGCCCGGGUCCAAGUGGACUGCUCCCGCUGGUGGCGGGGACCCCAAGAACCUUCCAGACAAGUGGCGGGCCCAGCUCCAAGGCUCAGGGCACUCAUGGGACUUAACGCUUCACGGCAGCUGUGGGCCCAGGGUCCAUGGUCCUGGGGCCCAGAGCUG